AUGGAGCAAACAACGCAGGAUGGUCCUAUAUUUGUUGACGUCAGGCGCGGGGACGAGUCUAGCGUUGAGGAAUAUUUGCGAGAUUCCAGCAGCGCCGCCCCUCCGCCGGCGGCGCAGAAGCGGCGAGUCCGCUGCCCCGAGUGCGCGCGCUUCACCGCCGAGACGGAGGAGAAGAUGCUGCGUCACAUACUGCGCGUGCACAGGGGCGAGAACCCGUUCCAGUGCUCCAUGUGCGACUACAGCACGUACAACAAGUGCAUGUUCGAGGAGCACGUGCGGAUCCACCAGGGGAUAAAGCCCUUCAAGUGCCCCGUGUGCCCCUAUCGCAGCGCGUCCAAGAAGAACGCCAAGAAGCACGAGCUGGUGCACAGGGAGGACAACCCGCUGCGGUGCGGCCGGUGCGGCUUCGUGGCGAGGCACACGAGGUCGUACCGCUGCCACCAGCGGAAGCACGCGGAGGAGGCGGCCGGGGGGGAGGUCGGCCGCGGCAAGGGGGCGCUAGAGUCGCGCGAGGGGGGAGACUGCCCCAAAUGUAAAUACGCGGCGUGCAACAAGCGCGCACUGGCGCGGCACAUGGCGGAGGUGCACGGAGAGACGCGCAGGAGGCUCCAGGGGGCGACGUUCGGCUGCUCCGUCUGCGGCUGGUCCUCGAGGAGCCGACCGAGGAUACUCCUGCACCUCAUCCACCAUCCUCAAGAGGUGGACGAAUCCGAAGUGGACCUGACGGUACUCAGGCGGCACGGCAUCGUGAAG